GCCUUGCCCGCAGCAGCCGCCCCACCAGUCGCCCCGCUAGUUGCCCCCCUAGGGGAGCCGGGAGGACGGGAAGCAGCAGCUGCGCCAGAACCAGGAGGACAGAAGGCAGCAGCCGCGCAGGGCCCCAUUGAAAAUGAAACCAACCGCGAGAGGCCAGCCGUCCGAACCUGCGGAUGCACCCAGCAUGAGCCAAACCCUCGCCUCCCCGACUCCACUGUGGCCCUACCCCUGCAGGAAAUAGGACCCCCAGAUGAAACAGGCAACCCCCGACUCCAGUAUUGGCCCUUUUCCACCAGUGACCUUUACAACUGGAAAACACAGAACGCUCGAUUCUCUGAUAACCCUAAAGACCUAAUAGCUCUUUUAGACAGUGUCAUGUUCACCCACCAGCCCACCUGGGACGACUGUCAGCAGCUCCUCUGCAUCCUGUUCACUACAGAGGAGCGAGAGAGGAUCCAAUUAGAAGCAAGAAAGCUGGUUCCCGGAGACUACGGUCAGCCGACAUCUAACCCUGACCUCAUUAAUGCGGCUCUCCCCCUAACCAGACCUCCACAGGACGAAUGGGACUACAACACGGCAGAAGCUGCCAAGACACCCGAAGCCUGCAUCCAGGGAACCGAAGGUCUCCUGCGAACUCUGGGAACCUUAGGAUACCGCGCCUCAGCAAAGAAGGCUCAGAUCUGCAAGUCAGAGGGACUGCUGUUGAACCCCCUCAGGGUCAUCUUCACCCCCUCAACGGCCCUGAACCCAGUAUCACUGCUGCCAGACCCGGACAUGGGAACCCCACUUCAUGACUGUGCCGACAUACUGGCUCAAGUUUAUGGGGUCCGGGAGGACUUGCAGGACCAACCAUUAUCGGAUGCGGAUGCCAUCUGGUUCACCAAUGGAAGCAGCUUCGUUCACCAGGGACAAAGCCUUGCAGAGGGUCCAUGAAGAUGUAUGGCCCAAAUUAAAAGAACUUUAUGAAACUGGACCUCCGCCUAUUCCUCAUCAAUUCCGACCCAGGGAUUGGGUCCUCGUCAAACGUCAUCGGCAGGAGACUCUGGAACCCAGGUGGAAAGGACCCUUCCAGGUCAUCCUGACAACGCCUACGGCCAUCAAAG